GCGUCUUUCUUCGAGUCGUUGAAAAUGAUCGCUGAGGACGUAGCGGACAAAGAGAUGAACCGAAACAUCACUGCUUCGCCUAUAGCGUGUGGCUGUGUACCAAAGAGGCAGCACCGCUUUGGCCAAUGAUCUCUGAGGCCACCCGGGGCUUUGUCGCAUCAGGGCAACCCACAGCAGCAAAUGUGGUGGCCACAGAUCUGCGGUUUUUUUAGGUAUAUAUAACUGCAUGCAGGUCUGUGACUUGACUCGCAACAAAUCGUCUAUCACGUUCAUACCACUCCUCCCCUUCACUAUUCAUUGCUCACUCUACUAUGAGUCGCCUCGAGAAUACGAAAGCCCAGAGGGUCCUUACUCCGCUCACUUCGAUGACUCCGCUGAGGCGUACCAAGAAGCCUGAAGGUCAUAUUCCGCGUCCUCCCAAUCGCUUCUUCCUCUUCCGUCGGGAUUUUUGCGCCAAUCUCAAGCUGGGCUACGUGGAUCCGAGUCUACUCAAACCCAACACGAGUAUCUCCGGGGCUGCCGGGGAAGCAUGGCGGCGGCUAUCGGAGGAGGAGAGAAAAUUGUACAAAGACAAGGAGAAAGAGGAGAAGAAGAAGCACGAAGCAAUGUAUCCGAAUUAUACAUUCAGGCCUCAACGAAAGAACAAGAAGAAUAAGAAGGCGUCUCCAAGUUCUAAGGCGAUAACUGUCAGUCGAGAACAGUCUCCAGCUUCAGUUGCUACAUCAAGUCAAUUCCAGCCUGAGACUUACGAGGGAGAGUCUAGUGACGAGGCCACCCCCACCGCGUCAACACUGGCCACACCGUGCGACGACUUCCAGCCCCUCGGCGAACCCGCUGUUCUCACGCCGACCACACUCCCUCCAUCCGCCGAUGUCCGAUACGCGCGGAAUGCUCUGGGACUCUCCGGCAUGUAUAACACGGACACGACUCCCACGUGCCGAGUCAUAUACCAAUACUCGCUCCCCCCGCCACCGACGCCACACAUCGUCUCCUUCACGAGCGCAGACCUAUGCAUUGUCUUUAGGCGCUUACUCUGUCCCACCUGCUUCCGCACCCAUGCCGCAUCUUUCUCCAACAACACCUACUGGCCGACAGCUAAGAACGAGUACUGCUACGCCCUGCGAUCCUCUCUUUGCAGGGAGUGUCUUGUUCUCAGUGGCGAAAAUGCACGUGAGAUGAUCCAGUCUGGAAUCGAGCGUCUGAAUCGUCGGGAAAUUCUCAGUCAAGUGUUCCCUCCCGCAGCUGUGUUUACUGAGAUGCCAAACGCUGCUCCGGAAGAGUUGGAUCUCUUCUAUGAGUUCAUGAACUUCAGUGGUUCUUCAUAGCAGCAGCUCUUGAGUCCCUUCAGGGGUCGUGCCGUGACGCCGUCCGUUCUAGAUGUUGCUGUUUCGCGCAUUCUGUGUAAUUAAUCGCACUUAUUGAAGUGGUAAUCGUCAUUGUCGCGCC